AUCUCUAUGUCUCCUUGACCUACUCUCCCUCCCUUCCUUCUCUGCAUCUUUCAAUGACUCACAUGUCCCCCUCCCCCUCCCCGUCACACAUUUUACCCCCCCCGUCCUCCCCUGCGCAGUUCUAUCCCUCAUUCUCUCACACUCUCUCGCUUUUCCUACAAGACCAAGCAACGACGGCAGGAUGUCCAUAGUGAACAUCGUGGCCCGAGAAAUCCUGGACUCGCGGGGAAACCCCACGGUGGAGGUAGACCUGUACACCGCAAAAGGUCUCUUCAGGGCCGCGGUGCCAAGCGGAGCAUCCACUGGCAUCUAUGAGGCUCUGGAGCUGAGAGACGGGGACAAACACCGGUACAAGGGAAAAGGCGUGCUGCAGGCUGUAUCUCACAUCAACGACACCAUCAGACCCGCCCUCAUCCAGUCGGGGAUCAGCGUCGUUGAGCAGGAGAAGCUGGACAACAUGAUGAUUGAGAUGGACGGCACUGAGAACAAGUCAAAGUUUGGGGCCAAUGCGAUCCUGGGCGUCUCCCUGGCAGUGUGCAAGGCGGGCGCAGCGGAGAAAGGCGUGCCCCUGUACCGCCACAUUGCCGACCUGGCCGGGAACACUGAACUGGUGCUGCCUGUGCCUGCCUUUAAUGUGAUCAAUGGAGGCUCCCAUGCGGGCAACAAGCUGGCCAUGCAGGAGUUCAUGGUGCUUCCUGUGGGGGCCGAGUCCUUUCGGGAGGCCCUGCGCAUCGGGGCAGAGCUGUACCACACCCUGAGGGGGGUGAUACAGAAGAAGUAUGGCCAGGAUGCCACCAACGUGGGUGAUGAAGGUGGCUUCGCCCCAAACAUCUUGGAGAACAGCGAGGCGCUGGAGCUCCUGAAGACAGCUAUAGACCAGGCAGGCUUCACCGACAAAGUGGUGGUGGGGAUGGACGUGGCCGCCUCCGAGUUCUACCGUGACGGCAAAUACGACCUGGAUUUCAAAUCUCCUCCCAACCCAGACAGACACAUUACUGCUGAGGAGCUGUCUGAUAUAUACCAGAGCUUUGUCAAUGAUUAUCCUGUGGUGUCCAUAGAGGACCCGUUCGACCAGGAUGACUGGCCAGCAUGGUCGAGGUUCACCGCCUCGAUGGGGAUUCAGGUGGUGGGUGAUGACCUGACAGUGACCAACCCGCGGCGGAUAGAGAAGGCUGUGGAGGAGAGAUCCUGCAACUGCCUGCUGCUCAAAGUCAACCAGAUUGGUUCUGUCACUGAGGCCAUACAGGCGUGCAAGCUGGCCCAGGAGAAUGGCUGGGGUGUGAUGGUGAGCCAUCGCUCAGGGGAGACUGAGGACACCUUCAUCGCUGACCUGGUGGUUGGGCUCUGUACCGGGCAGAUCAAGACUGGAGCUCCGUGUAGAUCAGAACGUCUAGCCAAGUAUAACCAGCUGAUGAGAAUCGAGGAGGAGCUUGGUGACCAGGCUCGUUUUGCCGGGCACAACUUCCGAAAUCCCAGCGCUCUCUGAGACCGGCACUCAGAUGUGGGGGGGGAGAGAGAGACGCACACAUACACACAGACACAUGACACGCACGCGCAAUACGCACACAGGAGAUUAAUAGAUGUACACACAGACGGUAAGGAAAUUGACUGAGAAUGUGAGAAAGACAUGGACUGGGAUGCCCAGAUGCUGAAAGACUGAUAGUCUGACUCACACAACUGCACAUCAACAAACAGAGGCUGGAUCACAUACUGAUACAAACAAAAACACGGACUCAGUGACAGGCUGAAUGGCCGACAGUGACAGAUUGACAGCUUUACCUACAAACAUGGAAAUCUCAGUAAGCAGCACACUCUCUCUCUCUCCCUCUCAUUCGCACACUGACUCUUUCAGCCCCUCCUUACAUCCUUGGCCUCCCUCUCUCUCUUCCACUUCCUUUCUCUCCAUUGCCCUCCCUGCAAAUCCCCAUCUUAUCUCUUUUUUCUGAUCCCUUUACCCUCUCCUGUCCUCAUACUGCCUGUCACCCUUUGCCAAUGUUCCUAAUGUCAUUAGAGAUACUAUUGAAAUACAAAGCUUGCCACAGAAUGACCCCGCAAAUAAAGAGAUUGCAACUUCA